AGCGGCCUAGUCCAGACGCCGCUGCCUUCCUCUUCCCGCUCCGGGAGCGAUGGCGGAGACGUCUUGGAACGAAGACACGGGCGGGGCGGUUUACCGAUCCCGAGACCCCAUCCGUAACCUGCGCCUCAGGGUUAAAAUUCAGCAGGUUACUUCCACUAGCCUUCUACUACAGCAGCUACAGCAAUCUUUCUGCCAAUCAGGCCAACAGUUCAUCGGCUUGUCAACUUUUCAGCCUUACAACUCAGCAACAGGUGGACAUGGUCCUGAAGAGGAGAAAGAGGAGGCUGUUAUUGGCUGGCAAGAAAAACUCUUCAGUCAAUUUGAGGUUGAUCUUUACCAGAAUCAGUCUGCCUGCCAGAGCCCACUUGACCGACAAUACCAUCAGGAUAUUCUAAAACUGGAAGAGUUGGGAGGUCGAAAGAAUAAGCGGAUCUUCACCUACACAGACCAUGACCGCUUCACCAACCUAGAAGAGCAUGGUCAGAAAAUGACCACUUCUGACAAGGAAGUGCCUUCGUAUUUGGCAGAAAUGAUGGCUAAUGUGAGGAGGAGGAGACAAGAACGCAGGCCAGUAGAAGGAAACAUCCUGAAAUCCCGAAUUAUCACCUGGCAGCCUUCAGAAGAAUUCAUCAAGAACAACCAUGUCCUUAAUACUCCUGUGCAGACCAUGUAUAUUAUGGGGGACCUAGGACCCCAAGGCAAGCUUGGUUGCAAGGAGUAUGAGUAUGUUCUCUGCAUGAUCAGGGUAGAUGGCAAUGGAGUCAUCACAGUCAAGCCAGAUUUUACAGGCACAAAAGGGCCUUACAGGAUUGAGCUGGAAGGGGAGAAGCGGGAAAUGUGGAAAUUCACUCUAGAGAAUGCCUCAGCCACAGUGGAAGAGAAGGAGGAAGCACGGGAACAACGUGUCUUCAAGGAUUUGUACAGCCGACAUAAAGAGUACCUCAGUGGACUUGUUGGAUCUGACUUUGAGAUGACUGCUCCUGGUAUUUUCCGACUUUUUGUUAAUGGUGAAAUAGUUUCAGCCCAGGGUUAUGAAUACGACAAUCUGUACAUACAUUUCUUCUUGGAACUGCCCAGCUGCUGGUCAUGUCCCCCAUCUCAACUACUCUCUGGAAUGACACAGACUUGCACUAGCAAAGUACAUGGCAAACAUAGGGUGGCUUUUUUUUCCUUCCCAUUUACCCUGGAGAUGUUCUUCACCCAAGAGGAUGACUUGGAAGGUUCCCUCCCUGAGUGGCCUGUCCUGUACUUUGAGGUUCUUUCCUUGGAUUUCUGGCAUAGGUACCGUGUUGAAGGCUAUGGGUUUGUAGUGCUGCCAGCAACGCCAGGGGUUCACACUCUGUCUGUUUCUACAUGGCGUCCUGUGGAGUUGGGAACCAUUUCAGAACUACGGAGGUUUUUCAUUGGGGGAUCUCCGGAGCUUGAGGAUAUAACCUACACCAAAGUGCCAAGUACUUUCACAGGUGAUCGUCUCAGCCGUUUUGGUUUUCGUUCUGAAACAACAGGGAGUGUCACUUUCCGGCUGAACUGCCUGCAGCAGUCCAAAGCUUUUCUGGAGUCCAGCUCCAUGAAGAAACGCAUGCGGAGUGUUCUGGAUCGACUAGGAAACUUCAGUCAGCAAAGUUCCCUUUAUAAUGUUUUAGAGGCUUUCCAACGGGCUCGUCACCGGAUGCAGGAAGCCCGGGAAAGCCUUCCUCAAGAUUUGAUUCGUACUUCAGCCUCUGAAGCUCACAAUGAUGAAAGCAUCAUCAAGCAGCCUGCUGCCUUCUAAGAUGUUCUCCACCAGUGUUUCUCAGCCUCAGCCACUUGAAGACGCGUGGACUUCAACUCUCAGAAUUCCCCAGCCAGCUCUACGCCUUGGGUUCUCACCUUUGCUUUUGCAACUUAUCAGGGAGUCCUGAAUCUCAGUUUGGAUCUGGAGGGUGGGCCAUGUGAUGCUGGACAUAGGUGCUCGGACUGCUGUUUCUUCAAAGGAUGUGACAGAAACCUCAAUUUUUCUCCCUUUCUUCACACAAGAUCAUGAGAUGACAAAACAUUCUAUGCCUUAGGAAGGCAACCAUGUUGUACAGUAUUUUAUUUUGUGUACAUGGAUGUGUUUUUGUACCUAAGUGUAUGUAUAAUUAUAUACAGUAUACAUAAACACACCAUAACACCCACAAACAUGCACACACACAAAUAUACAUAUUGUAUCUGCACUCUGUUUAUAACAUG